CUGGAUCCAAACACAGCGCAGCGCAGCCUGUCUCUGUCUGAGGGGAACAGGAGGGUGACACACACACCGGGGAGAGCGGAGCAGCCAUAUCCUGAUCAUCCAGAGAGAUUUGAGGGCCAUCCCCAGGUUGUGUGCAGAGAGAGUGUGUGUGAGCGCUGUUACUGGGAGGCUGAGUUCAGUGUGUCUGAGUGGGGGGGAGUGGUUUAUAUAGCAGUGACAUAUAAAGGAAUCAGCAGGAAAGGAGGGGAUUAUGACUGUAGGUUUGGAUGGAAUAAAAACUCCUGGAGUCUGCGGUGCUUUAAGCACGGUCACUCUGAUGUCCUCAGUCACUCUGUCAGGCACAAUAAUAACCAAACACCCAUACCUGCCCUCACCUCCCCCUACCGCAGAGCAGGAGUGUUGUGUGUGGACCGUCCGGCCGGCACUCUGUCCUUCUACAGCGUCUCUGACUCUGACACACUGACCCUCCUGCACAGACUCCACACACACUUCACUCAACACAAACCCCUCUGUGCUGGAUUUAGAGUGUAUGACGCCUCAGUGUCCCUCUGCCAACUGGAGUAGAGGGGUGGGGGGGGGUUCAGCGUCGUUGACGCUGGUGCCACUUCAUGUGGCUGUGGAGGCCGAUGCGUGAGCCACACACUCGUCCACAGCUGGGGCAAGGGAGCCCAGAUGUUGGGGCAAUGCCGGCAGCCCUCUGGUGUCGUUGGGCACGUCUUUCGGUCCUCCUCUGUUGGAUGGUGUGAUGUAUUUGUUCGGUCACCCUGCCCAAUAUUAUAACUCCUGUACAUAAGAGUAAUAUCUUUUAGCAGUUCAGGUUAAGCACUUGCUGUCUAAAUGUGAUUUUUUUUACAUUUUAAUACAUUAAUAUUGCAGAUGUUCAAGGUGUGUUUAUGUACUUUUGAUUAUUAAAACAUUAAUAUAACAUUGA